AUGCAACCGGCAGCGUUAACUUAUACCACUCUCAGCAAAGAAACAACUAUUGAACUACGUUCGACACUUGAACGAGCAAUUAAAGUUAAAUUUGAUAAAUCGAGACUUUACGGGAUUCCGCAAUGGAAUCUACUGGCGGCAAGGUAUAUUUUGAUUACCCAGUUCUGCCUGGUGGAAAAUCGUUUAGCACAAUUAAAGGCUUCCUAUAAGAUAAAUGCUGUGGUGUUGCAACAACGAUAUAUCUCGGCUGAAAAUCUAAUUGAAGAGGUGAUGAAUCUAAAUUUGCAUAAUAACUCUAAUCGUCAAGCACAGUUUGCAUUGGCUGUUCAUGUUACUCCCUAUGCGGAAAAUAUCCUGUCAGUAGCGGUUGCUGUUGCAUCAUUGAAUCCUCAUUGA